AUGCACAGAUCUGCAGAUUGGAUCAGAAUCAUACCGAAUAAAGAAACACCGAUAGAUUUAGAUCAGAUUAAGAAGGGGAUAGAAGCAGUAUUUGAGGGCAAGCUGCCACCAGAACAGCUGAAAUCAGAACUUACUCCAUUUCAUAUUGAUGGGGACUAUGUGAACUUUCACUCUAUGGUUCCCGCGAAGAUAAGGUCUAUGGGUGGAAACAACGAGUUGCUCAGGCAACAAAAACUAGAGUAA